UCCUUGUCCUCAUCCUCGUUCCCGUCUUCGUCUUCAAUCUCGGACGCACCCCGCCCCGCCCCCCUCGCCCCUCCCCUUCUCACUUGGCGGUAUCGUCGUUCAUCUCCGCCCUCGUGCACCGCUUGUCAUGUCGUUACGACGCCACUCUCCACAGUUCGGUGGUGCUGGCGCUGGCGGUUCCGGUACAUCUCCCCUCCUUGCUUCAGCACAGACACCUGCUGGUCAAUACGCUCGGCUCUCUGAAACAUCCCUCGCAGGCAACGACAGUCCAAGUUCAAGCAUGAGGUACGGCCCCUCUGCAGGCGGAGGCGCUCGUGGAUAUGGGCCCCAAGCAACCGUCUCGUCCUUCUCCUCCGGUACACGCUACGGCCCUACUGCCGACUCGCCUUCCUCGUCCAGCCACGGUCACUAUGCUGCGCAAGUGGAGCCCAUGUCAUUGAGGGCCGCUGGAGCUGGCGCCGGCACAGGGCCCGUCGCCGCGCUCGACGAGGCUGACCUCGACGACCAGCUGCACACCUUCACCGCAGCCGAAAAGAAGGAUCUUACCGCACCCUUCACCCUCAGGUCGUGGCGUGGAUGGGCCAAUGCCCUCACUCUCCUCGUCAUGCUCUCUGGCUUUGUCGUCCUCUUCGCCGGGUAUCCCAUCAUCAGCUGGUACUACUCGGACAAGAACGCUCUUGGCGCCAAUCAGCCGGGGUUCAACCUCGGCGGUGUUAACGCCACGGGCCAGUACCCAGAAAUCCCAGGUUUCCCCCAAAUGAUCGACCCCGAUACGCCAGAGUCAGCCAAAAAGCACAUCAGCUUUGAGGGUGAUACCUGGGACCUCGUCUUCUCGGACGAGUUCAACAAGGACGGACGCACCUUCUUCGAGGGCGACGACCCGUUCUUCACCGCCAUGGACAUUCACUACUGGCCUACAAAUGACUUUGAGUGGUACGACCCCUCGGUUCCCACCACGCGCGAUGGCCACCUUGUCCUUACCAUCACGCAGGAGCCUAUCAACGGUCUCAUGUUCAAGUCCGGCAUGAUCCAGUCAUGGAACAAGCUCUGCUUCAACCGCAACGCCUACUUUGAAGUGUCUGCUUCGCUUCCCGGAACCCCCAGGAUUGGUGGAUUCUGGCCAGGUGUGUGGACCAUGGGUAACCUCGGCCGUGCCGGCUAUGGUGGCACCAACGACGGCAUGUGGCCGUACUCGUACUCGUCCUGCGACAUUGGCAUCCUACCCAACCAGUCGGCCGACGGCGUCACACCAGAAGUCGCUUUCACUACCGGUGACCCGAACUACAACAUGACUCUGUCGUACCUUCCCGGCCAGCGUCUCUCUUCUUGCAACUGCCCCGGCUACGAUCACCCAGGACCUGAGGGCGUCGGCCGCGGAGCCGUCGAAAUCGACAUGAUCGAGGCCCAGAUGGAUCUGAAAGUUCAGCGUGGUAUGGUCUCGCAGUCUGCCCAGGUCGCUCCGUACGACGACUAUUAUCAGUUCAACAACGAGUCGGACGCCGCCAUUAUCUACGACUCGGAGGUGACGCGCUACAACACAUACCUCGGAUCGGUGUACCAGCAGGCCGUGUCCGGUCUCUCCUACACAGAUACAAGGAUUUACUCGAAUGAAACGAGCCUACACGUCAAUGAAAGUUCCAAAUUCGGCGUUUUUGGCGUCGAAUACUUGGCCGAUUAUGACGACGUGAGCAAGGGCUAUAUCACCUGGAUCAACAUGGGCAAGCGCGCCUGGACAAUGUGGGCGAAGGCUGUCGGACCCAACCCCCGGACAGGUGUCGGGCAGCGCCUCAUCUCGCAGGAGCCCAUGUACAUGAUCUUCAACCUCGGAAUGUCGAACAACUUCGAAUACGUUGACUUUGCCAACCUCAUGCUACCGAACGAGAUGCGCAUCGACUACAUUCGCGUGUACCAAAAGCCCGGAGAGGGCACCAUUGGUUGCGACCCCCCCGACCGCCCUACCGCCUCGUACAUUGCGAAGCACGCCGAUAUCUAUAACAACCCCAACAUUACCAUCUUCCCCGAUGCUGGUGAGUGCCCUCUUAGCGCCUCGUCUAACGCCCGCAGAUAAGGGACGCGUGUUCCCCAAGAACCGAAUGAUGGACCCCAACUGCUAGACGCCAUCUCAUCUCAUACCGCGUGCGCCGCGAUCGCCUCGCGCUGUGCGCCCCAUUACGCAUCACGGAUUGUAACGACGGACACUACGCCUUUUCCUUUUCAGCGUGCGCCCACGCGCGCGCACGCACCCUCGCACCCUCAACGCCCCCUCUCGUUGCCACGCACAUCACACAUCCCAUUCCGUUUUUAGAUUGAUAUACGCUCCUAUCGACAUUGGCUGCGCCACUAGGGGGGCGGUCG